UGUGGUGAUGAAUUAUUCAGAUUUAUUUAUCGUAGAGGCUAGUAUACGCUAUAGAGCCUAGCGCUAAUCUCUGCAUUUUAUACACAUUUUGUGGUUGCGCAGCUACCUAUGAAUAGAUGUGCCAGUAUUAUACCUAGCUAACAAAGACUUUCCCUUUUGGGGGCUCAAGACGGACAACUUUUUUUUUUUUUGGUUGAAAUAAGAAGAGCCAUGGUUCAGGCUAAAACUUGGAUCCUGACGAAACACUUUGAUGGUUUUCCAAAAGGCAGUAACUUUGAACUGAACGUAGAAGAACUUUCUGAACCCAAAGAUGGAGAAGUGCUUUUAGAGGCAAUAUUCCUCAGUGUCGACCCAUACAUGAGGCUGUUCAGUUCGUUUCGUAUGAAGGAAGGAGAUGUAAUGGUUGGAACACAAGUGGCUAAAGUGAUUCAAAGUAAGAACCCAGCCUUUCCCUUGGGGAGCCAUGUUGUGACACCCUGUGGCUGGAGGACCCACUCGCUCAGUGACUGUACAAACCUCAUCCCCAUCAUACCAGAGUGGCCUCAAGAUAUUUCCUUAUCUCUAGCUUUGGGUACCAUCGGUAUGCCAGGACUAACAGCUCUGUAUGGUAUUGAGGAGGUGUUGGGGCUUAAGGCUGGUGAGACUCUGCUUGUGAAUGCAGCUGCAGGUGCAGUGGGCUCUGUGGUUGGCCAGAUAGCAAAGAUCAUGGGUUGCAAAGUGGUGGGUUCCGCUGGGUCUGAUGCCAAAGUGGCUUUUCUCAAAGAACUGGGAUUUGACCAGGCUUUCAACUACAAAACAGUUACUUCACUGGAGGAGGCUCUAAGAUCAGCUUCUCCGGAGGGAUACGACUGCUACUUUGAAAAUGUUGGAGGCCCAUCCUCAAGUGUUGCUAUACAGCAGAUGAAGGACUUUGGAAGGAUUGCUGUUUGUGGAAGUAUCUCCACUUACAAUGACACUACCCCACAAACAGGACCUUACCCUCAUAUGACUAUGAUCAUGAAGCAACUGAAAAUGGAGGGUUUCAUGCAGUCCAGGUGGGCCCACAAACACCCAGAAUCUCUGAAGAGGCUGUUGGGUUGGGUAAAAGAGGGCAAACUCCAGUGUCGGGAACACAUCACAAAAGGAUUUGAAAACAUGCCAGCUGCUUUUAUGGGUAUGCUGAAAGGUGACAAUAUAGGGAAAGCCAUAGUUGCAGUUUGAGAGGAAGCACCGAAUGAACAUCAUUUAUCUGUUUUCUACUACAUUUCACCUUCUAAAAUUUUUGUU